AUGGCCACGUCUCCAGCUGCCCCGGCCCCACUCCUGGUCCCAAUCUGCGGCCAAGCGGUGCCCGACGUGGGCUGGAGGCCUGGCUCGGCCCCACUCCGAGACCCAGCUGCCACCGCGCCGCCCUGGGCCCGGUGCAGCAUCCACCUGAGCUUCCUGCGCACGGUGCCGCCCUACUCCCACCAGUCCAGCGUCUGGUUCGAGAUGAUGCGCGUCUACAGCUGGAACCACUUGCGAGCUCCAGGUACGCGCCCAUCUGCAGACGCCCGAGGAGGUGGUGUGAUUGCUUUAGCGCCGUCAUUUUCAACCGUUUAUAAUCUUCUUCUGUGUCUGCAUAUUUUCUCUGUGCACAUUAUUCAUCAGAGUAAAAAAAGGAACUAUGACAACCUCGACCAACUGUCCUAUGACAACAAGCGCGGACCCAAGGCGGAGAAGGUGCUGCAGUUUGACCCGGGGACCAAGAACGUGACGGCCCUGCUGAUGGAGGCACGGGAGCUGGAGGCCCGGGUCAUCAUCCUCUCCGCCAGCGAGGACGACGCUGCCACCGUGUACCGCGCCGCGGCGAUGCUGAACAUGACGGGGUCAGGGUACGUGUGGCUGGUGGGGGAGCGCGAGAUCUCCGGGAACGCCCUGCGCUACGCCCCAGACGGCAUCAUCGGGCUGCAGCUCAUCAACGGCAAGAACGAGUCCGCCCACAUCAGCGACGCGGUGGGCGUGGUGGCCCAGGCGGUGCACGAGCUCCUGGAGAAGGAGAACAUCACCGACCCGCCGCGGGGCUGCGUGGGCAACACCAACAUCUGGAAAACCGGGCCGCUCUUUAAGAGAGUGCUGAUGUCUUCCAAGUACGCGGAAGGGGUGACGGGCCGCGUGGAGUUCAAUGAGGACGGUGACCGGAAGUUCGCCAACUACAGCAUCAUGAACCUGCAGAACCGCAAGCUGGUGCAAGUGGGCAUCUACAACGGCACCCAUGUCAUCCCCAACGACCGGAAGAUCAUCUGGCCGGGCGGAGAGACAGAGAAACCCCGAGGGUACCAGAUGUCCACCAGGCUGAAGAUCGUGACGAUCCACCAGGAGCCCUUCGUGUAUGUCAAGCCCACGUUGAGCGACGGCACGUGCAAGGAGGAGUCCACCGUCAACGGGGACCCUGUCAAGAAAGUGAUCUGCACGGGACCCAACGACACCUCGCCGGGCAGUCCGCGUCACACGGUGCCUCAGUGCUGCUACGGCUUCUGCAUCGACCUGCUCAUCAAGCUGGCGGAGUCUGGAGCCGGCGACCAGGAGGUGCACUAGGGCGGGAGCCUGACUUGCGAGUGGGGCCAGUGGCGCCCGCACCCCCACCGGCGGCUGUGUCCCCCGCAGGUGAACAACAGCAAUAAGAAGGAGUGGAACGGGAUGAUGGGCGAGCUGCUCAGCGGGCAGGCGGACAUGAUCGUGGCCCCACUGACCAUCAACAAUGAGCGCGCGCAGUACAUCGAGUUCUCCAAGCCCUUCAAGUACCAGGGCCUGACCAUUCUGGUCAAGAAGGUAGGCCCCGAUCUGGGGGGCGCCCCCCGAAGUUUCUCCGCGCGCAUCCUGGGCAUGGUGUGGGCCGGCUUCGCCAUGAUCAUCGUGGCCUCCUAUACCGCCAACCUGUACGCGACGGUGAAGCAGAGCUCGGUGGACAUCUACUUCCGGCGGCAGGUGGAGCUGAGCACCAUGUACCGGCACAUGGAGAAGCACAACUACGAGAGCGCGGCCGAGGCCAUCCAGGCCGUGCGGGACAACAAACUGCACGCCUUCAUCUGGGACUCGGCGGUGCUGGAGUUCGAGGCCUCGCAGAAGUGCGACCUGGUGACCACGGGCGAGCUGUUCUUCCGCUCCGGCUUCGGCAUCGGGAUGCGCAAGGACAGCCCCUGGAAGCAGAACGUCUCCCUGUCCAUCCUCAAGUCCCAUGAGAACGGCUUCAUGGAGGACCUGGACAAGACCUGGGUGCGGUACCAGGAGUGUGACUCGCGCAGCAAUGCCCCUGCUACUCUCACCUUCGAGAACAUGGCAGGGGUCUUCAUGCUCGUGGCCGGGGGCAUCGUGGCGGGGAUCUUCCUCAUCUUCAUCGAAAUCGCUUACAAGCGACACAAGGACGCGCGCCGGAAGCAGAUGCAGCUGGCCUUCGCCGCGGUGAACGUGUGGAGAAAGAACCUGCAGGAUAGAAAGAGUGGUAGAGCAGAGCCCGACCCUAAAAAGAAAGCCACAUUUAGGGCUAUCACCUCCACCCUGGCUUCCAGCUUCAAGAGACGUAGGUCCUCCAAAGACACGAGCACCGGGGGUGGACGCGGCGCUUUGCAAAACCAAAAAGACACAGUGCUGCCGCGACGCGCUAUUGAGAGGGAGGAGGGCCAGCUGCAGAUGUGUGCCCGUCAUAGGGAGAGCUGAGACGCCCUGCCCGCCCUCCUCUGCCCCCCUCCCCCGCAGACAGACAGACAGACGGACGGGACAGCGGCCUGGCCCACGCAGAGUCCCGGAGCACGACGGGGUCA